UAAUACAGUGUUCUGUCAUACUCACUGAACCGUUACACACACUUAUACACUGAGCUUAAGAUCUACCUAUAUUAGUACAGAUAUAUUUACUGGGUCACAUAUAUUGGCUGGUAGGUCCAGUGUGCUACAAGGUUGUGAAAAAUAAUUCAUUUCAUCACGGCUGCAGUAGAGCUCCAUUCCAAUCUUAUGCCAUAGACGAAAUAAGUCCACGUGUUUGAGUUGCCAUGGAAUAAAAUUACCGAGCUGGAUGCUUUAACCGGCACAUCUACAUCAGCAGCAUGCAUCGCCUUACAGAAACAGAUGUGUUCGGUGGUGUGAUAACCACAACUGAAGCCGAACAUUAGUUUUACCUGUGAUGAAGGACAUUUUCGCCAGGCUUGGUAGCCAAUUACUUGGACAUAGGAAAAAUGCUUUUCAGGGCGUUCCUCAUAUCAGGUGUGAUUGCUGUACUGACAGUUUCCCGCGCUCUGUGCUGUGAACACCAGGUUUUCGUAGAGAAGGGCAGUACAGUCGAUAUUCAAUCCCCCGGAUACGAUCACGGCAACUACGAACUAAACGUUCACUGCAGAUGGAACAUUACAACUACGUCAAACGCAGAACUAAAAUUAUCAUUUUCGGAGUUCCACAUCGAAUACCAUCUUUUAUGUAUUUGGGACUAUAUUUUGGUGUCCAAUGGGACGUGUGGAAGCGGAGGAGAUGUAAAGCGGUACUGUGGCACUUCUGUUCCUAGCAAUAUAUUCUUCAAAACUGCGGAGGCCUGUCUCGAGUUCCAUUCUGAUGAGUAUGUAGCGAAGCCUGGGUUCAAAGUUCUAGUCACAUCUGAGGAAUUAAAACAGCAAGUACAAUCAUCCACGACAAUGUCAACAGUGCAAUUAUCAUCAAUAAAGUCACACACAACAUCAUCAAUGUCAUCGCCAAAGGCGACUACGACAACAUUGAUACCGAACACGACUUCGGCAUUUUCGCCACCGUUUCCCAGUCCCUCUCAGCCGAGCGUUCAAACCUUACUGAUGGGCCUACUCGUCACCGAUCCGGCUCAUCCAACAGUCGUGGAAAUGUGCAAGGACGUCACAUGGUACCAGGCGGAGCACGAUGCUUUGGUGAUAUCGCCUGGUUACGCUCAGAAUCGAAACUACGGAAAUAAUAGAAAUUGCCAUCUAAAAAUACUCAAUCCUGGAAAGAAGGUUCUGAAGUUUUCGUUUAUUGACUUUAAUGUGGAAAAACAUCCUACCUGCUUCUGGGACAAGUUAGAGGUCAUCGACGGUCAAGGCCCAGGGUCAAUACUUGCUACAAUUUGUGGUGUGUCUGCUGACACUCCAGAUAAUUUGGAGUCAUCUGCAGAGGAAAUCAACCUUAACUUCACCUCCGAUAAUGUGGUUGACUGGAAAGGCUUUCAAAUAAAACUUUUUAUUCAACAAUCAGUAACUCCUCCUUCAACUACGUCGUCAUCGACUUUAAUAUCUACACUAUUGACAUCGAAAAGUAAAGCAGCAUUGACAUCAUCAUCUCCGCCUACCAUUACACCAUCAUCAUCGUCAUCGUCAUCAUUAUCAGCGUCAUCUCCUGUACCUAUAGACCCAAAUAUACAGACACUGUAUGUUAGUUCCACCAGUGCCAUUCCUACGGUGGAAAUGUGUAACGGCACAGCACUUGUUUACAGUGGUGCGGAAGGAUACAUCUUGUCACCGCAUUACAGUUCCGGAAAUAACUACGAGAUAAACCAAGACUGUGUUCUGCACAUAAUUAACACUAAACACAAGCUUAUCGAAUUCACAUUUGAGAACUUCGCUCUGGAGCACCAUCCGAUGUGUAGCUGGGACUACCUAGAAUUCAGAGCUGGACUCGGAGCAGAAUCUUCUGUACUAGCCAAGCUGUGUGGAGAAACCCCCUCAUCACCCUUAACGACACCAGCCAGCGUAAUUCUAGUCAGAUUCUACUCCGACUCCGUCAACGCUUUGAAAGGAUUCAAAAUAAAAUACAGUAUAAGUAAUGCACCGACAUGGCUGCCAACUUCACCAACUGUACCUACUACAUCGUCUCUGAUUACUACCACCCCCGUGCUGACAACAGUUGUACCUACAACAACGAAUCACGUGACAACGCCAGUACCUGAACCCUUCACAGACAAUAAUCUAAUUAUAUUAGAUAAUGGAUUACAACAAACGUUUGUGAAAGAAACAGCUAUAGUUUUGUCUCCAAACUUUGGUCCAGGAAAAACCUACCCCGUCAGUGUCACUUGCGGAUUGAAACUUGAAGCUUUGAAUAAUCGGAAAAUUCAUAUAAAUGUUUUAGAUUUCAAAGUGGAAUACCAUCCAUCUUGUUCCUGGGACAGAUUAUCUGUCUACGAUGGUCCGUCUAAGACAUCAACAUUAAUAGGAAUGUUUUGUGGAGUCAAAUCUGGUGUGGCUAUUAACAGCAGUGGAACUGCUUUGUUUCUGGAAUUUGUGUCCGACUAUAUCGUACCUGAUAAAGGAUUCCAACUGGACAUUUCAACAGAAAAAGAACAAUCUGACGACACAACCACUGCUGACAGUACAACUAAAGCUGAUUUAGUUACUCCAGUACAGCUAUCUUCCACGUCGCCAACUACUGACACUUCGACUUUAACUUCGUCUAAGAUGAACUCCACCUCCUCCCCUACUGCUGACGAUAAUGUUACAACAACUGCGUCUGUAUCUGAUCAGACCUCGCAAUUGACAUCGCCGUCCAAUUUGCCUCCGGAAACUUCAUCGACGACGGAUAUCCAAUCAACAUCAACGCCUUCAAUGCUUACUACACCGAUUCCUCCAACAACGUCACUGCACAUGUGUAAUGCCACUAAUGGCAUGCAGAUAUUGGAGGUUAAACAAUCUGCAGAUGUGUUUUCACCAAAUUUUGGUAACGGAAAAAAAUACCCUGUCAAUACACAAUGUGGUCUUCUGAUAAGGAGUAGUGGUCAUCAGUUACUGAAGAUGAACAUUACUACUCUAAAUAUGGAACAUCAUUCCUCGUGUGGCUGGGACAGUCUGAGAGUCUACGACGGUGCUGAUAUUAAUGCACCUCUUUUGGGUGUUUACUGUGGCCUCCACACCAAAACAGAUCUGUAUUCGACCUCCUCCAAGCUGUAUCUACUUUUCCAGUCGGACAGUAUUGUUACGGCUUCCGGAUUCCACUUAGUGCUAUCAGUCAUUGAAGUUGUUACAGUAAAACCAACUAUCACAACCAAGCCGCUUACCACAACAAUGUCAAUAACUACGGCAACGACUAUUCCAGCAACCACGUCCUUGACCACGCCUUCGACCACGCCUUCUAUCAUACCAACAAUCAAAUCAAUAACAUCACCGAUAACUAUACAAACAACCACGCCCUCCACCAUGCCUUCAACAAUAUCGACGACCACACCCACAUCUACGUCAACAACUAUACAAACGGCCACGUUCACAACAGUACCAACGACCACAACUGUAACCACGCCAACCACCAAACAAACGACAAAGACCACGCCCUUGACUAUACCAACCACGCCCUCUUUUACGCCCAUGACUACAGUUACACCUACUAAUCCGUUCACCUUAUCCACUAAUACCCUUUCCUCUAAAACGUCCACGACUUCACAUAUGUCAACGACAGCAACGUUACCAAUGACAGUGAGUACCCCCAAAUCAACUAACGCCGUCACAGAGCUAUGUGGAGGGAAGACAAAAGUACACAUCCCCGCCGAGGGGAUGUUCGUCACGUCACCUAAUUAUGGUUUAGGCAACUAUCCAACCAAUGUCCAGUGUUACCUUACGCUGAAUGCAUCACAAAGUCAGGCUAUAUCAGUGGAAUUUAUAGAUAUGGAUAUAGAAGAAAAUGCUGUCUGUUCCUGGGAUAGUUUGUCAGUUUAUGACGGACCUACGACAAACUCCAAUCUUCUUCUGGCCAAAAUUUGUGGUAACGCAAUACCCCAACCGCUGCAGAGCUCGUCAAACUAUCUUCACUUUCACUUCACAUCUGAUAAUGUUAUUCCACGGAAGGGAUUCAAAGCCAAAUUGACAGUUAUACAAGACUCUCCAGCGGUAUCAACUUCAGUCAAGGUCACACCAACACCAAACCCUACAAGCUCGAAAACAACUAAAUUGUUUACCACCUCGUCUCUAACAACGUCAUCUGCAACACAAGCAGCAACAGCA